GAGUGAAUGAACACGAGAAGACCCUGGACACACAUCCGGCACAGACUCAGAGGCAGGAUAUGCCCUGUCUGCCACUGUCAGCUCCAUGCCACAUUUGGUUUACCACAUCUCAACUGCAGGAGAAGUGGUAGCAUGAAGAGAUGCUCACGAUGUAACUUGUAAGGGCGUGUACUAUCAGGAUUGAUGCAGAUGGCGCACAAACCAGGUGCUCAGGUCAAGAGGCGCUUUGAAGUUCACCUCCCAGUGUCUCAGAAGAGGCACCGGCCGAACGAGGCAGAGGAGCCCCAGCAAAACCCCCUUCAAGCCUGGCUGACCAAGAGAAAGACCGCGCCCGGUUUGGAAGCCAUCCUUUCUGAGGCACGGAAGGAGAACCCGGUAGUUGUAGGUAAGAAUAGGGUCAAUGAGGAACUAGACGCGGGGCCAAGCUCCCGCACUCUUCAGCGGCCGCCUCCAGUGAGUGUUGCAGCCCAAUCCAGCAGGACUCUUCCAAUCACAGCUAGCCUGCGUCAAACUUCUGAGUUCAGUGCGAAGAACGGCAGGGGCAAUGGAGAGGGGGGGGGAUUGACCCAGGAGGCGGGGAAGGGUUUGCAAAGACAAACCGUGGAAGGACAGACGAAUGGAGGCAUGAGGGGUAGCCACGUACAAAACGACGGAGCUCUGAGAAAGUCGGAGGGCGAUGACACGCAGGCGGGCACGGCAAAGAAGAAGAAAAGGCGUAAACGGGCAUCGGUGGUUUGCAAAGCGGUUACCACGCUGGUUAGCGGCCAGCCGAAGGCUUCCGUUAGUAAGCUGAAGACGGGUUCUCCCGUUGGGGGCAAAAAAAAGCCCCCACUUCUGGGGGGAUGCAAGGGGGGGACUGUUGGUAAAAAUGGGGGCCAAAUGGGGGAGCCUGCGGUAAAACCCAUAGUCAACCCCAAACCUCCUCAGGUUGGGAAGUCCACAAAACCCGUAGCCCCAAGAGAUACGAACCGCCUGUCCAGAGAUCGGGCCAACGGCGGGACUGGUUCCAGCUACGCGAUUGGAGGGCCCGCUGACGUCAGCACGAGGUCGGCCCCGGAAGCCGCCGAGCGGCCGCUUCCUUACGAAACACGGGGACCAAGGGAGGGGAAAGCACCUCAGCCAUUGGUAAACCAUAGCGUUAACCAAGGGUUAGGAAACGGGUUAACCGGAGGUGGAAACGCACAACCCGGUGUGGCUGCGCCUCAGAAGGCCCCGUCAAAGAGCGGUUGGGACGUACCAGGCCCACUCCCAGGCAUGGGGUUCGUGCCAAACCCCCCACAAGGGCCCUGGAAUUCCGAAAUGCCAGGGGCUUUUCACACUGGGUUUCAACCUGGGUUUCCACCAGAUGUUCCCAGGGAGAAUGCGUUCACGGACGGCCCUGGGCCAGUGGGAGAGUACGGUGUGAACUGGCCCGGGCAAGCGGGACAUCGGUCGAUGCAAGCGCGGGAGUGCCAGCAAUUGUGGGAGACGCUGCAACGGUCGAUGCAAACAUGGCACAGCGUGUUGCUCCAACGGGAUACCGACGCUGCCCAGCGAAGCGCCCACCUGCGACAGCAGACCGCGGCGUCGAAGCUGGCCCAGGAGACCGCUGCGGAGCAACUAGCGGUGGCGAGAAAACUCAAGCAUGCGGCCGAGGAGAUCUGCGAGGCGGCCGUGGAGGAGCGGCGCAGUGCCGCAGCGGCGCUACGGGAGGCCCGAGACGAACGGGCGGCCAUUGAACGAGCCAAACAGGAGCUCGAAACGAGGAGAGAGGAGCUCGCAACUGAGGCGAUGGAGCUGGACCAGAAGCGACGGCUGUGCGAGGAAGCGCUGGCACGACUCGCCGAAACGGAGAAAGCGACGGCGAGGGAACGGCAUGCUGCCGCAACCACCGCUCCGACUUCCUCACUCAGACCGUCCCCCUUUCCCGUGGAACACCCCACCCAUCCAGCCGCCUCACCAGCGGAAGCCUCCCCUCUCUUCGAGGCUCAGUCCCUGGCUGACGUCACCGGCCGCCCCGCUGACGUCAGCAGUCGCGGCGCUGACGUCAGCGGAGCAGCUGAGGCUGACUAUUCCCGAGGUCGAAGGCCGUUUUUGGGCGUAGUCAGUAAUCUGAUGCAAGAACGGGAGGAGAGCGGCAGCCCCUCGCCGUUGGGUCUGUACCGGGGAUUCACUGGCUUGUCAGCGGUUAAGAUAGAAGACGAGGACAUUUUGCAGGAAAGGGGGGGUGCUGAAGCCGGCACUCAAUGGGGUGGUGAUGACGAGAGGGCGUUGCGCGGAACUGUAGAUGACGGGUCGGCAGCAAGGAGCGUUGGCGAAGUGGUUCGGGGGGUGGGCUUGGGUGCUAAGUCGGAGCCCCCCAAACCGGAAGGCGAUGGUCUUGCGGAUAUGUCGAUGUCGGACGAGGACAUGCCGCUGAGCUUCAGAAGCGCUCUUCGGAAAGACGGGAUCGUGGUCCAGCGAGGAACCGGUUCUGCACUGGGUCUGGAUCGGGGCACGGAUACCAAGGAGGGGUUCCGCCAGACUGGCCAAUUCUGGGGCCAUUCAGGUGAGCAACGGGAAGGGGAGUGGAUUAACGGGGAGAGGGAAAGGGGGGGGCGCGAGCGGCAGCAAGAAGCGGCGCAAAUCGUGAGCGACGUCAAGGCGGAGCUCGCAGCUGGGCGUCGGUCAGAACCAGAAUCGGUACUCAGGGGAGUGGGAGUACUUAGUAACCGCGAGCCCAAUUCUAAUCACAAUACCGGCAACCCGGAUUUCCCGGGACUCGGCCCGCUUGGCCGAUACCCCAAUCCCCGACCGUCGAUCUCACAUCCAACGGCAAAGGACCUAUCAAACUCCGCUCGGGAGUCUGCUCAAACUGGAAAGCAACUAGAGGCGGGCAAGAAAAAGAAGCGGACGGCGGUGGAAGUCCUGCGGAAGGACGCGCCUGAGCUGCUGGAAUCGCUGAGCAAAGCGGGCAUGCUGGACGACAUGAAGUUGUACGGGGACGAUUUUGACGGAGACGAGGAGGCGGCAGGAAGCGCGAGCUUUCGCGCGCUACAGGCCGUGCUUAACAAGAUCUACGACGGCUCCGCCUCGCGCAACGGCGCCUCCUGGACCUCUUCCGGGAACCUCGGAGCAGCCCACCUGCCCAAGUACUCCAUGGGCGCUCUAAAGGUCCUCACCGACGAGGCCAAGCGGCUGCGGCGCGGGGGGCGCCCGGUCGAAUGGGGGUGGUGCCACAAACUGCACGCGUUUCUGUUCGUGUUUGAGGAGCAGAACCGGUUCGUACUGGAGUGGCCCCAGUACGGAAAUGCGACGUACUUUUUCAAUCUAGAGGCGGGGGAUGUGCAGUUCCAGCUGCAGCGGCUGAUCGCGGUGAUGGCGAUCGGGACGGUGACCAAGAACGACAUCGUCGAUGAUCGGCCGCUGGAGCGGAUCAGGGGGAUCCCUCCCGACGAGCUGCGAGUCCUGGAGGAGUUCGGGCGCAAGCCGGAGACGGGCCUCGGGUCGUUCCUUAACUUCGCCAACCGGGUCGUCCACGACUACAAGGACGAGUGUACCCUCGAGCAGUGGCAGACCCGGAUACGGGAAGAGCUGCACCGGGGAAGAAAUACCGGGCAGAUCGAAAAGUCGCCCCGGCCACUUCCGUGGGCCGGGCUGCUAGGCGAGGUUGCCCCGUUGGCGCUAGAAACGGCAGCCCCGGUGACUCGGGAGGAGCUGCUGGUCGUCAAGGCGGAGCAGAAUGAGGAGUUGGGAAAUGCCAUGCGGACGUGACUUGCAAUUCUUAGCAACGUUCGGUUUGAGAGUCUGCAAGGUUACCUGAAUCAGAAUUGAUUGUACAUAGGCUGAGGUUGACGGUCGUUGUUCAUGCCGUCAGUACACGGAUCCUCGAAGACGAGCAGCAAUAUCAUGAAAAUGCUGGUGCGCCAUUUUUCUUGCCAAGCUGGCUUGGAGAUUGCGUGCGGAUUAGAAUUCACCAACGAGGGACUGACCGGGCGACUUUCUCGGUGCGAUGCUUCGAACCACACUACGUGCCUACGAGGAAGCCGGGUACAGUGAAGCUUUUUUUGACCAGUACGGAAGUACAGAGGAAUCAAGACCCCGAACCUCACGAACGGGUAUCAGAACUUGGCAAUGGGCGGGUUCCAAAAGGGCGAGUUGGUCCACGUUCUCCUUCCACGCAUUCCGAUUCUGACAU